GGAAGGAAAAGAAGAAGGGAAAGUCGAUUACGAUUAGUUUGCUACACCCAAAAAGAAACUGGGUUGAUGUUAUUUGACACUAGAGGACAGGUCAGCUGUGCGUUCGCCGGGUUAAAUGUUGCCUCUGCUGAUGGUCGCCGUUACGGCUGCUUCUCGUCCUGGAGUCCGAAACACUAAUGACUGAUGUGGCUUCUUAACACGCCCGCGUUUCAGUGAAGCUUGCCCGUCAGAUUCUGCGGUUUGGAGCGCUGCUCGUCAUGAUGACUCGGAUUUUCUGGGACACAAUUUUACUCAUUAGCGGUUCUCUCUUUACCUUUGGUGCAGGACACAGCAGUUCAGUAACUAUUGAAGCCAAUAUUUCUAUCAGCCUAAACUCCACUGUUCCUCCAAAUGCCUCUAGUAGCAACUCUGGGACAACCAGCGGCAGAAGCACAACUCCAACAUUUGCAACCACAACUAACAUCCCUACAAUUAAAAGUUCCCUCUUUAUAAUUGGAACACGGCAGACAAAUACAACAAUUACUGAUGCCACCAUUUCUAUCAAUACCACUUCCUCUGCUGCUUCUAACACCUCAUCAAGCAGCUCUCCAACAAACAGCAGCAGCAUCGGCGCAAGUCUCAUUGCAAUCACCACUACCAACAUCCACCCAGUUAAAAAGUUUGUAGCAGCAGCAGUUCGGUCUCAUUUCGAUGACUGCCCAGACUCCCACCGGCACUUCUGCUUCCAUGGCACAUGCCGCUUCCUUAUACUGGAGGCAACGCCUUCAUGUGUGUGCCAUCCAGGCUUUGUCGGGAUGAGAUGUGAGCAUGCAGACCUCCUUGCUGUGGUUGCAACCAAUCACAGGCAACAGACCAUGGCCACAGUGCUGGUGCUGUGUGUGAUUGGGUGUGUUCUCAUCAUGGUAUUGUGUACAGUCUUACACUGCUGGUGGAGGCAGGACUGUCGCAGGCGGAGCCACGCGCAUCACUAUGUUACAGAAAAGCACGGCAUGUCAUGCUAUCCAUCUGAGAGUGUGGUUUGAGGGAACAUUUCGCUUGAACGUGAGCUCUUCACAUCAUGCUGUGUUUAAUCUUCAUCUGCCUGGCUCUCAAACCCCGGUGGAUUGCAUCCAAAGUGGUACAACAGGCCAGAAGGGAAGCAUUAAUACAGUAUCUUCUGUGUGACUGAGGUAGGCCUUCUUCAUGUGGGAGGUUAAACGUUCCAUUUCCCCUCCCUGAUAACUGGGACUUUUUGGACUUCAACAAUCUAGGGAUGUGUUUACUUUGCUCUUUGAUUCUCUGGAAAUGCACUCCGAACUGCAGCAAGCAGCUUGAACCUCUGAGAAUGAAGCUGCCGUCAAAUCCUGCAUGAGAGAGCGAACUCUGUGUCCUGAUUUACAGUUUGUGGCUGGUCUAGAGGACAUGGGGAUUUAUCUACAAGGCCAUUAAUCAUCCUGUGUGGAUGCUGAAUAGGAAAGCUGUGAGACAAGAAUAAUUCAUUUACUUGAGUCACAUGUCCCCAAUUCCUAUUUUUGUCUUUUAAUAUCUUUGCACGUUUUUGAAAACUAUAAGCACAAAGGACCUUUUUAAUAAUUUCUGGUGUGGGGAAACUGGUGCUUUACCAUGUUUUAGUCUGUUUUUAAGGAAGAAACUCACUUCACUUGACAGAAGUAGGAAUUGUUAGUUGGACUCACUGAACAUUGAUUCCCUGGUCUUAAAUUAGCAAGUAUACACAAAGACUGCAGCUUUAAAUUAUUCCAGUAGUGUUUUGAUGACACUCUCAAAGCUGAAGCUGAAAUGGUUUUCAGUUUCUUUGAAGGGGGGAAGGAAAAAAAAAUGUGUGCAUGCAUCAGAGGUGUUUUUUUUUUUUUUUU